GGCAGCAACGCGCUCGAUCCGACCCAAAGCUCGGUUAUCGGUUUGGCAGUUUGGCAGGCUUGCUACGGGGGUGUUCGACCGUUACAGUCGUCCAUCGGGUCGUCCAACGGCUAGUGGACGACGUGGACGUGCAAAAAAAAACGUGUGACAUAUUGCAACAUUCACAGCACGAAAGCAUAACAACAUAACAGUGCAAGGUGUGGAUCCGAUGCACUUUCCACCCCAAUUUAUUAAGUGCUUUUCCUACAGUUUCCAGUGCAACGGCAGUUCCCAACGGUUUCCUUGUGUCUGUGUUUGUGUGUGUGUAUAGUGAGUGUUAGUGUGCAAUUGUGUGUGUGUGUGCAUCUCCAAGGCCACUGUGGUAAAUUGUUGGGGUGUUUCGCGCGUACCCAGCGGAGGUCAAAUUGGUACGCAGUGCAACCGCCGAACCACCACUUCUUGCUGCCAUUUCCCAUUGGAAAUGGGGAAAUUUAUUGAAGAAAGUGGAAAAUAGAGAGUGGAUAAUUAAAUGCAACAUAAUGAACUUCUCGACGGCGAGAGAAGAAGACCACUAGUGCUUGUUUGUGUGUAUGUGUGUGGCUGUGUCCGUGGGUGGCUCCGAAAGCGAUCUAACACGAGACAUCCGGAGACAGUGCACCGUGCCCAAGUGCAUUCUGGGUUGUGUUUCGUGUUUCGCGCCCAAACUCCUCCAUCCCCCUUCAUCCGCACCCUCCCUUCAAAAGCAGUUAAAGUUGGUGCACAAUUUAUGUACCGGCCACUCGGCCACCGGGGUCUGCAUCGGAACCUAUCCGGUGGUUCGUUGGGCUUGACGUUGCGUCAACGACAGUGCCGAGAUACGUUGUGUUGAAGGGUAGGUGGUCCAACGGUUUCAUCUUGUUAGUGAAAUUGUUACACAUUCCGUGCGGAAAGUAGGAGCGCCUGCCAAAGUUUCGGUGUCCGAGUGUUCGAAUGCUCCGGUUGUUGUGCCUAGCCCCGAGUGUGAAAGCAAAGUUUCCGUUCCGAGGCGAAACUUGUUGAUUAAUUCCACUCCCGAGUCCCUAUGGUGGGCAGAUUAAACAGGAAAUGAGUGUACAAGCAGUGGUGGUAGUGCAAGAUUUUGUAGUGAGUGAAGUGCCGAGCGAAAAAUUGCUGAGCCGCUGAGUGAGAAGCUGCCGAAAGGGAAACUAUUCUACAUCCGCCUCCAUCAGCCGCCGGAUUCUGUGCAAUUGCACUUGACUGCAGCAGCGCAGAAAAUCGUAACGAGGUCACCUUAGGCAUUUGGACACAUUCCGAUGAUGAUAACGGCUACAAAUUGACACGGUUGCUGAACUCGUACGAUUCACCUAGAAACCUGAUAAAUUGGAACCCGCAUUUCGCACGACGACAGCAUCGGAGCAUCUGCUCUGUUCAACCUUGACCCGACAGUUUUCCAAAGUGCCGCAAAAUACGCAUCUCCAGUAAAUGCUGGUCGAACUGUACCAUUUUCCAAACGCCAGCCUGUGAACCGGUGGAAAGUGAACGAUACGGGUCCGAUUUCGAAGCAGUUGCUGUUUCCGAACCCAUCAGUUACCGUUGUCAGUUUCAAUCAGCCUACCGUCGAAGGCAUAGGGUGUGCUUCGUGUAGCACACCGGUCCGUGUUUUCCACAAUCAACCCCCGGAAUCGAGCGUCACACCAGUCUGGGUUGUUUCCGUUACCGACGCACAGGUGCAUGAGGCGAUAGGGCGCGUUCGCUUGCAUACCGACCCGAAACCCGAUGAAAUGAGCCGCUAUGUGGACCUACAUGAUGGCAGCGGCCCGAGGUGACCGGGCAAUGUCAUCGAUAUCGUCACGUCAUCAGAGCAAUCGGAAUGAGUUUGACUCACCAAGCAUUUACCACUUCAAUCGAGUGCAACGACCACUGUACAACACGACGCACCGGGCACCACAGCUCACCAAUGGACCGGUCAGCAUUAGUACGACUCCGUUCGGGAGCAACACGAUCUAUCAGAGCUACAUGCCGCAAACCGCCUCGCUCGACAGCUUCAACAGUGUGGCCACGAAUCCCAGCUUCUCGACCACCGGCGGCACACCGCCGAUCGGUGGCUCGGGUCGGGUGGUGCCGGCCGCCGGAAGUGGGACCACACCUACCGCUGGGCGGCAAACGGGCGCGUUACCCUUCACGACGCGCAACCGGCCGGAGGUAGCUACGGAUCUGCCGGUCACGCCGAAGAACAACCAUCUAAGCCAAGCUGUGAUAGAAAGCGAGAGGGGCGAUGUACAGGAACCAUCCAAUGGCCGGCGGGGCAAGCUUUCCUCGCUGCGCCGUUCGCUGAACGCGCUCCGCUGUAGGAUAUCGAAACGAGGCCGCUCGAAGCCACCCGACCAAUUUCUGGACAAAUUUUCCGCCGCCUCUGCCACCUCCGACACUCGCCUGCACCAGGCCGGCUGCGUUGCGCCGCAGGCUGUCCCUUCCGAUGGGGUGUGCAGCCGCCUGUCGGUCGAUCCGUCCCUGCCGUCGCACUAUCGGUGGCUGUCCGUCGUUUCGCUGGCUGUACUAUACAAUAUCAUAUUUGUGAUAGGACGAGCGGUCUUCUGGGAGCUGAACAAACAAGCCUCCGUGCUGUGGUGGAUCCUAGACUAUCUGUGUGAUUUCAUCUACUUGACCGACACGCUGGUGCACUGUCAUGAGGGGUACCUGGAGCAGGGACUGCUGGUGCGCGAUGCACCCAAGCUACGGAAGCACUACUUUUCCAAGCAGCGCUGGUGGCUCGACAUCGUCUCGAUGCUGCCGACCGAUCUGGCCUACAUCUGGUGGGCGCCGAGUUCCUGCGCCGCCACCCGGCUGCCGUGUCCAAUUAUAGUUAGAAUUAAUAGGUUACUGCGUCUUCCAAGAAUGUGGGAAUGGUUCGAUCGAACGGAAACGGCCACCGGCUACCCGAACGCCUUUAGGAUAUGUAAAGUUGUUUUAGCUAUUUUAGUACUCAUCCACUGGAACGCGUGUCUGUACUUCGCCAUCAGCUACGCGCUCGGCUUCAGCACCGACAACUGGGUGUACAACAUCAACGGGCCAAAGAAUCUUACCCUGUCGCGGCAAUACAUCUACAGCUUCUACUGGUCCACGCUGACGCUGACCACGAUCGGCGAAACGCCAACGCCGGAGAACGAUGCCGAGUAUCUGUUCGUCGUGGCGGACUUUCUCGCCGGCGUGCUCAUCUUUGCCACCAUCGUCGGAAACAUUGGUUCGAUGAUAUCCAACAUGAACGUAACACGGGUCGAGUUCCAAAACCGGAUGGACGGUGUGAAGCAAUACAUGGCCUUUCGGAAGGUUGGCGGUGAGCUGGAAGCUCGGGUCAUACGCUGGUUUGCCUACACCUGGGCGCAAAGUGGUGCGCUGGACGAGGAGCGUGUGUUGGCCGCGUUGCCCGACAAGCUGAAGGCCGAGAUUGCGAUACGGGUACACAUGGACACGCUGCGGCAGGUCCGCAUCUUCCAGGACUGUGAGCCGGGUCUGCUGGAGGCGCUGGUGCUGAAACUCAAGCUGCAGGUGUUUAGUCCCGGUGACUACAUUUGCCGCAAGGGUGACGUCGGCAAGGAGAUGUACAUCGUGAAGCGAGGGAGUCUUUCGGUGGUGGCGGACGAUGGCAUCACGGUGCUGGCUACGCUUGGCGCUGGUUCCGUUUUUGGGGAGGUCUCGGUGCUGGAAAUUGCGGGCAAUCGCACCGGAAAUCGACGGACAGCCAACGUGCGCUCCAUCGGCUAUUCCGAUCUGUUCUGUUUGGCGAAGCGUGACCUCUGGGAAACGUUGGCGGACUAUCCGGAGGCCCGAGCUUCGCUGACCGAGCGUGGGUGUCAAUUAUUGCGAAAAGAUGGCCUGCUGGACGAAGCGGUCUUUGCCAAUGCCCAACAGACGCAAGAUUCGCUGGAAAGUGGGGUGGCCCGGCUGGAGCAGACGGUGGAAAACUUGAACCUUCGGUUGGCCCGCCUGCUGGCCGAAUAUUCCGCCAGCCAGGCGAAGCUGAAGCAGCGCAUCUCGAAGCUCGAGGACAGAGCGCAAAAGUCGCCCACCAGCAAAAGCGAGGGCAAAACGCAUCACCAGCAACUACAGCUACAACAUCCCGGUUCCUCGGCAUCCAGUGCAGCAGCGCACCUUCGAACGCAACGACGCAAAUCGCACUCGUCCACGACGACCACAACGGCCGCGGACGAGUCCUUGACGACGGUGACGGCAUCCGGGACGACACCGACAGUGACCGGCGAGGAGCGGGGAGCCAACAGUGGUGGGAGCACCACCAGCGGAAACGGUGGCCCAGGCCGACAGAAUACGUUAUGAAUAUGCAUUCGCCAUCUUCCGUCGUGGCACAUUUACUACUGACGUGCUGCAGGUCGCGUGACGUUUGAGGACACACGCGGUGGGUGUUUAGCAGCGGGAAUGAUCGAAGAUGAUUAAAUACGAAUCCUUGGACGGGAGGAGUGAACUUCAAAACGGGUUAUACAACAACUACAGAGCACAAAGCUGGGCGGGUGAUGUGAAUCCAGAAUCUUUGGACUCACAGCAGGACAUCAAACGUGCCGGCGUCCUGUUUCCUCACAUUCUGGAAGCAGGGAGUUGAUUGGGUCAAGUACGCAGCGGAACGAAAUUAAAGAUAUGCCGAGGUCUUGGCGAGAAUGGGAAAUAUUUUUCCAAUCGUUGGUGCGAAUAGUUACUAAACGAAUUUGUAUUAGAAAACGUAGCCAGAUUAUCUUCUUUCUUUCCCGGUUUCUUGAAUGUAGCGACUCUUGACAUAAUUUCUUGAACAUAAUAUGCAAACAACAUUGCUCUUUGUUCUUUGGGUAUCAACAGUGAUGUUGUGCCUCAUUUGAACUAACUAAAGUCAAUUGAUGUCUAAGCUUUAUUGCACAAGUUUUCAUUGCUGUGGAAAUUAUGUUUAAAUUAAAAAAGAAAAUCUACAAAUUUUAAUUGAUAAGGCCUUUCAGCUCCAGUUUCAAAGUUUCUUCAUUGCUUCUUGAAGUUCGAUCAAACCUAUACCUCUUUUUCUUCCCUAAAUACGCGAUCCUAACAACCAAACUGGUCAACGGAAGCACUCACACAACUGAUACUGUAAUUGCUUCAUUUACAUCAAUUCAUUCAGAACCCUCUGUGACAAGCUAACGUUAAGUGGUAAGCAAAUAAAACUAGCUGCUAACAACAGGCGCGCUCCGUACUGGGCGCUGCUGCAUUAAAACAAAAACCAACGGUAACGGUAGACAAGAAAAGGAAACAAAACAUUAAACGUGCCUCGAAAUGACUAUUUAGUUUUUUACUUAAUGAUUGUGAUAAGAGAAGUAAAACAAGCGACACAAAACACAAAACACAAAACAACAAACCAUUAGUCCGUAAGAUUUGUGUUGGUGGUAGCGUUUGUACCCAAAACCAGUGAUGAUGAAAGUGCGUUUAAAAUGUCGCACGUGUGAAAAAUUGUUUGGAAAAUUAAAAUCGAACGCAUAACUAUCGUUCGUGUGGAAGAUAUAAUUAUAAAACCAAUGAAUAAAUACAAAAUUAAAAAUUAAAAUUAAAAAACAAAUUAAAAACCCCAGACAAACAACGGAAUAGAACUAACGAACAUUAAACAGAACAAAUAAUUAAUAGCGUUGCAUUAAUGCAAACCAAUGUUGAUUCUUAAACAUUUUAAGAGGAAGAGAGAACGGAGGAGUUUAAUACAGAUGGAAUUUCUUAUCGCUAAAUUGUAUGUUUUAAGGUUGUAAAUGCUACGGUACGCUGUUAUAAGUUUCCCAUUCACUAACGAAACAAUAACCUAACCGUACCGAAGACGUACAAAAGCCAGUGCUUAUGUUAUUAUUUUUUAACAAAUUUUGAAUUUAUGAGAUAAAUAAGCAACCAACAUACAGCAGCCAAUACAAACAUCCAUUAGAAUUCAACUUCUCUAACUCUCUUUUACUUGCGACUCCUAGUCUUUCGCUCUCUUUCCCUCUUGCUCUCUCUCUCUCUUUCUCUUUACCAAUGCCCACUAGCCCACUAUAUUUAUCCUUCUAGUUCUACUAUUCUUAGCUAAUAUCAAACCAUUAGCGUUCGGGGGGAAAAAAGGGCUUUAAAACUUUUUACUCCACAACACUAUACACACACUGUAAGAACAAACAUCAAGCAAAUGCAAAGCAAAAAACCUUAAACCGCGUUUAACUAUAACGCAACCCCACCACGAAAGGCCACCCUAAAUGGCUCGCCGAGGGGACAAUGUUAGCUGUUAGAACUCUGGCCAACAACAAUCACCACUUCGCACGACGUUCGACUUUUUUUUGCUGCUUCGGUUUCAAUCUGCAAAGGAAAUUUUUAAAUUUUAAAGCUUUUAAAGCCACAAGCUCGUUGGGAGGCCCUUGCCCGGCCUCAAAGUUUUUUCGCUCGAAGCCGUUUAUGACAGGUUACAUCAAUCUUGAAGAAAAGAAAACUCAUCCAAACAACAUCUUUGACAGUGACGUUGCGUCGAAAGGCCUCACACACCAGGGAAGGAAAAAAAGACAGCAAAAUCAUUCCGAAAGUGACAGAACUCGCCUCGCCAACUCUCGAGUGCAACCUCCACAAGCAUAAAUCUUCCAGCGCUUCUAGCGAGCGAAAAGCACAAAAUAACAAAACCCUAACACAUCCCACCAUUGCAUAACGUCGUCCAAGCACCGUAACCUGUUUUCCAUUACCAUAGCAACGGAGAUUUUCCUCCGUGCUGGCGAACUCAACAUUCCCCGCAGCACACGAUGAUGCUGCACGAAUAUGUGCGACUGUGUGUGUGUGUUUCAACAAUAGCUCAAACAAUAUAUUUCCAUGAAUGUCGAAGUAGGCGAAAAAGCUCUUCCGUGCUACCACCAUUGCCGAUGAUGAGUUGUACAAAUCGUACCUUUGCUGUGCAGGUCGAACUCAUUGAACUGUUAUUCCCAAAACGGGUGAAUGGAACGCAAAGAAAAACACUUUGACGCGACCCACCUCUUUUUAAUACGCAAAUUUUAAUAAUACACAUGCUUUAUCAUCGCUGGUUUUUUUUUUUUGUGGGUGGCUUUCAAGUGACUUUCACCCAUUCACCUUUGCAGGAUGAUUAAAUCCAGACGAGCAAAAAAUUGUAGCCCGUUUUCAAGUUACCCUUCGGCCUGUUUACGCUUAUUUAUGUUUGGUAGCACCAUUUGAGGUUUGGUGGUGAACGGGGCGAUGAAAAAGGGGGAAGGUCAGUGCAGUGGUGAAUGUUGUUGCAGUUUUUAGUAGUAAGAAUGAACUUUCUCACCCCCAGCUAAGCCCUACCGGGAUGAUAGAUUAGUUUUUCUGCGAUAAGCGACGGAUAUAGCUUUACGGCCGGGGACGAUGUGCGAUUUGAAUUUAUGUAGCAAUUUUUUAUGCUUUCCCCGAUUGUUUGGUCAUCCUUCUUUGGCCAUUUGCGGUUGAAGCACAUAAUUCAUCAUGCAUAAGUUAGAAGGUUAGGAGCAUGAUUUUGAAUUUCUCUUUUGCUGCGCUUAAGCCAUCAAAUCACAUAUCGGUUAGCUGUGCUAGAAUUUAGAUUGAUGUAUCAAUAGAAUUAUUCAUUUCUUUUUCCUAUGUUACAUCUCACUUUUGGAAAUCUUUCUUUAACAAUGUGUUUAGUUCAAUUGUGGCAUUUUUUUGUGUGUGUCAUAGAAUUUAUAUCCAACCGUUCUAUGUACACGAAACAAUUCACGUAUACAGUUGAACGACGAAAAUUUAAAAUUUAUUAGUAGCAUUUCUUACGCAAAAAAGUUAACUAAAAAGAAGCUAAAACUAACAGAAGAAAAAACAUAUUUCACACAAAACGAACAGCUAAUUAACAAAACCCUAGCUACAACUAAUUUAUUUUCUCGUACUAAGCAAAGAAGUAGAAUAUCAAAACCCCCCCAUACACACACACAAAGUAGGAUUGAAUACUAUUCCAACACAUACAAACAAUGCUAGCGUCUAACUGAAUAAAAUCCCUAUCACUAAGAAUCAAACACUUUUCCCUAACCUGUAAGCCGAUCGAUAAUAAUUGCGAUACGAUUGAAGUGAGUGGCCGAAACGUAGAUGGUAAAAAGGUUAACCAGAUAAUAUUUCAUACUCUACUGGUGUUGUUCGAUUGUUUUGGAAAUUUUUAAUAUUUUUUUAUUAGUUCUUUGUAUCAAUAAAAUAAGCAGUAACAGGGUUUUCUUCAUCAACUUCCUACAUUUAUCCAUUAAGCAAACAACACUUUUUUGGGGCAUUUGAAUUAACAUUAUAAGUAACCUAUGUUUAAUCACACCCAGUGAAACUAAAUGAUCGUUGAAUUUGUAACGAACCUGUACUUAAUAAGCUGCUUUGAAUUGAUUUCCAAGAAAGAGAAACCACAACGUCUUAAUAGAAACUAAUUCAUAAGAAAGCAAACAAACAAGCGCAAAAAAAAACUAGUUCUAACGGUAAAACAUUUAACAAAACAUCCUGCUCUUGUGAAUGGGAAAGCAACACCCCCAAAAUGAAAUAAUUCACCAUAGUUGGGCACAUGCUGUGGAGGGAUAAAAAGUGUGAAACAACAGAAUCAAUUCCUUAUAGAAAAUAGAGGGAGAGAUAAAAUAAAGGGUAACAAUUAAUGUAAGUAACAGUGGUGGAGAAGAAUUAAACACAACAGCACACAGUCAAGUGUGCAACAAACACACUCACACACACUUUGUGCAGAGGUAUAGCAAGGGUUAAACAAAAAAAAAACAAUGGACAAUGGUCUUUGAAGUGCAAGAAUUGGUUAGUCAACCGGCAGGAAGAGAGAAAUGGUUGGUUGGCGUAGCCGAGAUGCGGAACUAACAUAGGGUAUAUUUUUUAGCCGAUAGUGAGGAAUUAGGGAAAAGAAACAAAUUGUGUUAAACACAAACAUGAUGUGUGUGUGUGCGGUAAGAUGAACAAAAAAAAACAAAUGAUGAACUGAGAAAGACAUAGGAAGUGCAGCAUUUCGAUGAAGGACGAGGCAAGGAAUGUUCAGGAGAAUUCUUCAAGGUCUGGGCAUCCUUUCGCAGAGCGCUGACAGCAGCGGUGAAAGUCAGUGGCACGAUGUAGUGCAAGGUAUAUGCAAGUAUUAGUAAAUUGUUCUCAAAAUGUUGGGUAAUAAAAGUCGUGUUAUCGGAAAACAUAAA